CGGCUCACUCGAGCGUAAACACUCUUGACUGUUAUGGAAUGUGACAUCGUAAAGUGCUACAAACUCAUUUUAAUAAUGCUUAGUUCCUCGAAACCUACCAGGAUCUUUAGCAUCAAGUAAUAGUUCAAGGAUAUGCACUAUUGAUAGGCACUAUCUUCAAUAUCCCUGACUUUUGAUUGUACUCGAAAAAUGAUUGAAAUGAACAGUCGCAACGGCUCGUUCCUCUGGCGACCUACGCGGUGUUGUGGGUAUUGAAUCUUGAUUAGCUGAUUUCCGUUUUGUUUUGCGAGGGCUUCGGAAUCAUGGAACGAGAUCUUAAGACUCUGCGUAGAUCACGGCUGAUGAACUACUCAGAGUUUCGCACAAUGGCGACUGCACUUGAGCGAUUCCACAAAGACGUAAAUGUUGCUAUGAUGAUUACCGGGAAAUCAACAGGGGGUGACAAAAAAGAGAUGGAUAUGAGGCCAUAUUUGUAUGAUGAGGGGGAUAGCUACGAAAGGCCGUUUUACACUACUCUUCUUAAAAUGCUGUAUGAAGUAGCUACGUCUACUUUUUAUGAAAAGCAGUAUGAAGACCUGGUAAAAAUUUACAAGUGGUAUUGUGCCAAUAAAAAGCUCAUCACCUCCCCGCCGAAAAUCCCCAUCCCUUCACCGAAAUCCUGCACUCCUGAACCAGAGGUCACAGACACACCAGACAUUGAGCAGGAUGGAUCAAGCGAUGAUCUGGAAAUAACUGACAAAUUUAUUCAAGUUCCUAAACUUCACAUCCGCCCAAAGACAGCCCCGCCCGUUGAGCAUCGCCAAGGUGCAAGAUAUGUAACUUGGAAUGACGCCCAGAAAGAUAAUGGUCCUAAAAGACCCAGCUCUGGGAAGCCCACAGGGUUUCAGUACCAGCACAACAAGGCAGACUAUGUAAAGGAACAGCUUGCCAAGUCAUUACGGGUCAGACAGUGCGGGCCAUACAAAGAAGUCCCAUACAUUCCUGAUAAGAGCUACAGGCACCACCUUGCUCGGCCAGUGACUGCACCUCCACCUAACAGGACACUCCAGGUUCGUAUGGAGGACCCUGCUGGGCUCAAGUCAUUUGUGCUCAAACCAUUCUCAACCCCAGUCCCUAAGUCGUCACCUAUCAACUCGCCCCUGACAUCUCCAAGGGACUCCCCCGUACCAUUCAGCCGCGCCAAAUCUCCACAGUUGUCUGUAGACUUUGCGCCUAUCACCGAAUCAUCUGUAAAACUUAAUGUUAGACUCCCACAAACAAGUGACUCAUCACAUCAGAACGCCGGCCAGGCUCUGACGGGAAACGGAAACGCAAAUGGAGCUAAGGAAAAUGGGCGCCAUCAGAAUGGACACGAUAGCGGCUCAGGUUCUCCACCAGAAAACCAAGCUCCAGAUGACCUCCCCGCGAAAUUGCCCAACCAAUCACCUCUCCCUAAUAACGCAAGUGCUUCAGAGAUCCAGCGAAUUCUUGAGAAUCAGCGUAGAGAGGAGGAACUCUUGGAGGAGCAGCACAGCUUACUGCAGAAGAGAUUACUGCAUGAGUAUGACCGAUAUGCACGAGACUGCAGCAAACUGGAUCGAGAACGGACAGCGAGUGUUGAGAUGGUGUCCGGAGAACUAGCGGUGAAUCUUAACGGUCGCGUGGUGCACCCUGCUCCUGUUGGCACUUAUGAUUUGUCGUCGCCGCAAAUCAUCCCCAGCUACAACCGCGUGUACUCUCACAAGCAUGACACCACAAAUAACCGAAGUGCACAAGGUCCCGCUAAGCAGUCUGGGUACAGCCCUGCGAGGUACCUAAAGCAUGCUGGGAUGGAAAGGCCGGAUGAGGUGAUCCGCAUAGACGCCGUGCUCGGUAUGGCCACGCCUAUCGGGAUGCAGAUGGAGUACGACAGAGAAAGGGCUUCAGGGUACACCGGCUUCCGCCAGCCAGUCGCCUAUAUACCACACUCCGUCCCUAACACACAGGCCUCCCCUGUGGCUGUACCGACGGAACGUAUACAGCUGACCACUUCGUCGUCUGCAUCGACGUCAAGUCAGGACUCGGAUUCGUCCAGGUCCGGUUUGGCAGAGCAGCGCCCUCUAGAGCUAAAGAGCAAAGAACCUGAGCUCUCACCUGACAGGACUACACGUGACUACACAGUGCACUUUCACCAGAACAAGUCCACCCAGGAGAAAGGGAAGCACUUCAAGGUUUCGGGUCCAGUAGCGCCUGAUACCAUACGAUACCAGUGGACGGACGAUGGCUUUGGCAGUAUGACAUACAUGAAAAGACUCAAGUCUCCCGUCUCACCUCGGACUCCACGGAAGAAUCUUAACUCUACCCACAAUGCCAAGCAGUCACCGGAUCAGGUCAUCAUGGAAACUGGGUCCCGCCCCAUGAGCAAGCGCGCGCUUGCAUCGCUGAUGGUGGUCAAACAGCUUGGAGACGCAGACAGGAGGACAAAUGAACGUUUUGGUGGUCAGUCAAGUGGUAAACCGUACAUUGCCCCUGAACCCGACCCGGAACCAACCUACAAUCUGGGGUACAUGAGCAUUUGCCAGCCCGUGGGACCCCGCCUUGGUGAAACCGAGCGCCCGUCUACAGUGGCCUGGUACCUACAGGGCGAAAAUGGCCUGUAUCGAGACCCUUCCUCCCCAAGAUACGACAGUGAUGAGAUUCGUCGUAAGAGAGAUGUGCGCAUACCACAGGACCGCUCAUUGAUGGUCCAUGGAAAACACAUCGGUGGCGAGUCCGAUACUUGCCCGACGCCGCCCGAUCUGUCAACGACCGAUGUCGAAAAGCCGAAACAUGAGAAUUCGGAGAAUAUUUUCAAACCCGACAACUCUCCAACAUCCUCAAAGUUAAUUGAAACAAAGCCAGCUCCUGUCUCUUCAGGGCUAGCAUCUCCUAGAGGUUCUCUCCGACCAACGUCACCAAAACCGUCCCGGCCCCUAUCCCCCAAACCAUCCCGACCCCACUCCUCCUCACCGCAUCAUCGUCACAUCGCCAUCCCUACCGGAGGGGGGUGCUCUUCUAGGCCAUGCUCCGCGCGCAGCGAGAAAUCCGAGAAGACGCAUAACUUCUCCGUUAAACAGUUUAAUCACUUCUGCUGGCCGGAUGAGCACCUGCUCGAUGAAGACUACAUUCGGCAGAGAGAGGUCUGGGCCGCAGUCAAUAUUCAAAGGAUUUUCCGUGGUUUUAUGGCGCGACAGUAUUAUCAAAACCUUCAACAGGCCGAGUUUGACCGUCAACGAAAAGCCGUCCUCACUCUACAAAGUCAUAUGCGUGGGUUUCUCGCGCGUAAGAAGAUGGAGCUAAGGAUGAAAGAGUACAAACCGAGCACGCGGACGAAGGAAUGGGCCCGACAGUACAAGGAGGAGCUCAAGCAGCGGGAGGCCGCGCGUGCGCAGAAAAAGCAUCUGGUGCUGAUACAGUUGAAUAAAGGUGCUGAGAAACAAGACGAACAGAUGAAGAACGUCAAAGCGCAUCAGAAUAUCUACGAUAUCUAUCAUCCCACGCCCGAGGGACCGACCAAAGCGCAAAAGAAAGCUGCGGCCAUUAUCAUACAGCGAUAUUUCCGUGGAUGGUUUGUGAGACGGAUGUACCAAAAAGUGAAGACAAAGGCGUUGAAGCGCACCCUUUCGUUUAACAAGUUCAUCAAGGGUUACCAAACCCUGCUUUAUCGCAUCCAGAAGCGUUACGGCGUGACAGAUCCCACGACUGCGUUACAGUUCAACGAGCUAAUGGAGUACGUGGAGCGCCUUAAUAAGUACGAGAUCGCGUUUGAGAAGUUCGCCGUGAAUGGUACGCUCAGCUACAAUGACAUCAAGGAGUACUUUAAAGCCUGUGGGCACCAGCCUUCGCAGAAAGAGAUCGACGAAGCCAUCGAAAUUGUCACCAAGAUGUCUGCGAAGGGUCGCAACCUGACGAAGGCAGAAGCAGUGGAGGUCUUGUUUCAAAUCUACGUCCCUAAAGGAACAGGUCUUAAACUGCAGGACGUUCGCAAAUCCACAUGGCUAAACCCGCUAAGCGAAGGGCAGGAUAUUAUGCAACUGCUCUCGAAAAAGGACCUGGAAGCCACAAACCUCGGCAAGUGUCUGGAAGUUGUGGCCAAUGCAGGGAAGGAGAACGAUGAGAUACAGGAACUGCUGCGGCCGUCAUCAGCAAGGAGUGAAAGCAAAGCGAGCAAAAAGGGCGAGAAGAAUGGGAAGACGAAGCAAGCCACGUUAGCGCAGUACCCGAUGAGGCCGUCUUCAUCGUCGAGCUCUCGGGCAAAGUCGCCGAAGCCGUACAAAACGCGAAGAUGAAGCUGAGGUUUAACGAACUUGAUAUAGUAUUCUUCAUUGAGCACUCGGGCAAAGUCGCCGAAGCCGAACAAAAGCGAAGAUGAAGCUGAUAUCGUCUUCUUCGUUGAGCACUCGGGCAAAGUCGCCGAGGCCGUACAAAACGCGAAGAUGAAGCUGAGUUUAACGAACUUGAUAUCGUCUUCUUCGUUGAGCACUCGGGCAAAGUCGCCGAAGUCGAACAAAACGCGAAGAUGAAGCUGAGUUUAACGAACUUGAUAUCGUCUUCUUCGUUGAGCACUCGGGCAAAGAAGCCGAGCAAAACUUGAAUAUAAAGCUGAGUUAAACAAAACUUAAACCUACACCUAGUCUUUUUCAUUAGGCUGAAUUGAUGAAGAUAGCAUAACCUGGUAGUACCUUUCAACAGCGGCGUAGCCAGGAUUUUUAACAGGAGGGGGCCCAAAAGGCCUUUUCAAGGCAUUUUCUCCUGUAUUUUAGAUAAUUUCUUACACAUUUCCUGUAUGUUUGGCUUCUAGAAGGGGGAACGCUCACCCUGGGCAACCCCCAUGGCUACGCCCCUGCUCAAAGUCUUUUGAACCCGCCUGCUAUUGAAAAGAAUAGCGGUUGAAAUAACUGGUAAAUGGAAGUCGUGUCUGGAGGUAUGCCUAUGUAAAAUUGAAUUUUAAGUUCUUUAGGACCGGAAAAUCGUGUCUUUAAAGAAGCAGUCACCAUUAAAUGAUAGCGGUGAGGAAGAAACCUACACACGGAUCUUCGCAAUAAGAAUUGUAAAAUAUAUUUACAUUAAAGUAAAAUUUAAAAGGGG